AUGGGCAGCACCGACUCCAAACUCAACUUCAGGAAAGCAGUGAUUCAGCUGACGACCAAAACGCAGCCAGUGGAAGCCACAGACGACGCCUUCUGGGACCAAUUCUGGGCAGACAGCAGCACCACCGUCCAGGAUGUCUUUGCACUGGUUCCCGCUGCGGAGAUCAGGGCCUUACGAGAAGAAUCCCCCUCCAAUUUAGCCACUUUGUGCUAUAAGGCCGUGGAAAAACUCGUGCAGGGUGCAGACUCUGGCUGCCCAGGCGAGAGGGAAAAGCAGGUGGUCCUGAACUGCACUCGCAUCCUAACCCGCAUCCUGCCCUACAUCUUUGAGGACCAGGACUGGCGGGGUUUCUUCUGGUCCACCGUCCCCGGUGCGGGUCGGGCCGGGGUAAGUCAGGAUACAGACGACGGCGCUCGUCCCUUGGCCGAGUCGCUCCUCUUGGCCAUCGCCGACUUGCUAUUUUGUCCAGACUUCACGGUGCACAGCCACAGAAGAGGCCCGGUAAGCUUUCGGAUUGAUUCGGUGGAGAACAUGCACUCCAUUGACAGUUGUGAAUACAUCUGGGAAGCAGGCGUGGGCUUCGCGCAGUCGCCCCCUCUCAACUAUAUUCACGAUUUGAAUCGCACGGAGCUACUGAGAUUGCUGCUGACCUGCUUCUCCGAGGUCAUGUACCUGCCCGCUUCUACGGACAACCACGCGCUCAACCCCUGGGUCACCUUCUUCUGCUCUACUGAAAAUCGGCACGCUUUGCCCCUGUUCACCUCGUUGCUGAACGUGGUCAGCGCCUACGACCCCGUGGGCUACGGCAUCCCGUACAAUCACUUGCUUUUCUCCGAUUACCGGGAGCAACUGGUGGAGCAGGCCGUGCAGAUCCUCAUCGUCACCUUAGAGCACGACAGAGGGACGUCCCGUUGCCCCACUGUAUGUAAAUAUGUAUCCUAUAAUACCAAUCUUUUUGCGCAGACGGCCGGCCCCGAGAACCUGUUUGUGAAUUAUUUGUCGAGGAUCCACAGAGAGGAGGACUUUGACUUUGUACUGAAAGGCUUGGCUCGUCUCCUCACCAACCCCUUGACUCAAACGUACUUGCCAAAUUCCACCAAAAAGAUCCAGUUUCACCAGGAGCUCCUGGUGCUCUUCUGGAAGCUCUGUGACUUCAAUAAGAAAUUCCUCUUUUUCGUCCUGAAGAGUAGCGAUGUACUCGAUAUUCUGGUUCCAAUCCUUUACUACCUAAAUGAUGCCAGAGCGGACCAGUCGCGCGUAGGUCUAAUGCACAUCGGCGUGUUCAUCCUGCUGCUGCUUAGCGGCGAGAGGAACUUUGGCGUGCGCCUGAACAAGCCCUACGCCCUCCACGUGCCCAUGGACAUUCCAGUCUUCACUGGCACUCACGCCGACCUGCUGAUCGUGGUCUUCCAUAAGAUCAUUACAACAGGCCACCAGCGUUUACAGCCUCUCUUUGACUGCCUGCUCACCAUUGUUGUGAACGUGUCUCCCUAUUUGAAAAGUCUGUCCAUGGUCUCGGCAAAUAAGCUGCUCCACCUGCUGGAGGCCUUCUCCACCAGUUGGUUUCUCUUCUCUGUGGCCCAGAACCACCAUCUUGUCUUUUUUCUCCUGGAGGCGUUCAACAACAUCAUCCAGUACCAGUUUGAUGGCAACUGUAACCUGGUGUACGCCAUCAUCCGCAAGCGUAACAUCUUUCAUCAACUGGCCAACCUACCGUCCGACCCGGCCUCCAUCCAGAAGGCCCUGCAGAGGAAGAAGAAAUCGCCCGACGUCAUUUCCCGCACCAGCUCGCAGGAGACCGUCUCCAUGGAGGGCUCGCGCCCCGCCGUGCCGGCAGAACCUGGCACCCUCAAGGCCAGCCUAGUCGCCAUACCUGGUAUCGACAAACUGACCGAGAAGUCUCAGGUGUCGGAGGACGGCACCAUGGUGUCCGUCUCUAAAAUGGAGCACUCAGAACAGAUCGCGGCCGGCGGGACCAGCGACACAGAGUCCAACUCCGGCAAAGACAAUGAAGCAGAAAUGGAGAGAAGACGCGUGUCAAGUGCUUCUUCAGCGUCACUUUGGGCUCCCACGCAAGACUGGGUCCUAUCCUGGAAGUGUAAACUUCCUCUACAGACCAUCAUGCGUUUGCUUCAGGUGUUGGUUCCACAAGUGGAGAAGAUCUGCAUUGACAAGGGUCUGACAGAUGAAUCGGAGAUCCUCAAGUUCCUCCAGCAUGGCACCUUGGUGGGCCUGCUACCCGUCCCUCACCCGAUCCUCAUCCGGAAGUAUCAGGCCAACGCUGGCACGGCCAUGUGGUUUCGAACCUACAUGUGGGGCGUGGUAUACCUGCGAAAUGUAGACCCUCCCAUCUGGUACGACACAGACGUGCGGCUCUUUGAGAUCCAGAAGAUGUAG